GGCUGCCUUUGCCAUAUGACCCAGCUCCUUCCAGCCAGGGAGAUUAAAACAGCUAGUUAAUUUCUUCUAUUUGCAGGAGUCAGAAACGCCUUUGGGAUCUCUGGGUUUUAACUGGUUCUGACACAGGAGGAAAAGCCCCAGCUGCCAAGAUGUCCAGCAAGAGAGCCAAGGCCAAAACCACCAAGAAGCGCCCCCAGCGCGCCACUUCCAAUGUCUUUGCCAUGUUUGACCAGUCGCAAAUCCAGGAGUUCAAGGAGGCUUUCAACAUGAUUGACCAGAACCGCGAUGGCUUCAUCGACAAGGAGGACCUGCAUGACAUGCUGGCAUCCUUAGGGAAGAACCCCACCGACGAGUACCUGGAGGGCAUGAUGAGCGAGGCACCAGGUCCCAUCAACUUCACCAUGUUCCUCACCAUGUUCGGAGAGAAGCUGAAUGGCACCGACCCAGAAGACGUUAUCCGCAAUGCCUUCGCCUGCUUCGACGAGGACGCCACAGGUUUCAUCCAUGAAGACCACCUGCGGGAGCUGCUCACCACCAUGGGGGACAGGUUCACGGACGAGGAGGUGGACGAGAUGUACCGAGAGGCCCCCAUCGAUAAGAAGGGCAACUUCAACUACGUGGAGUUCACCCGCAUCCUGAAGCACGGUGCCAAAGACAAGGAUGACUAGAGCAGAGAGGCGCCCACCCCACCUUGUGUACACCUGCUGUGCCCCUCCCCCCGAGCACCCGUGCUGCCUCUGGGCCAGAGUCCCAGCAGGCCAAUCCCUUGGGAAAUGCCUGAAAGCACAAGCCAUGGGGCCUUGCCCCUGCUCUGCCCUAGGGACGCGCUGGCCCACUCACCAAUGCCCCUCCCAGGAGAAGAUGCUCCCGUCCCUCAGCCCUUCGAGCACAUCAGCCAUUCCUAGACUCGUUCCCCUGGUUGGCUGCCGGCCAGUCCAGGUGGCUCCCGUCCCCCCACAGAUCUGGCCUCCCGAAUUUGAGCGCUGCGUAGGAGCAGUGACCGGAGGGGAGGGGAUAGUUACCAGGGCGCCGCCCGCCAAGUGCUGGAGAAUCUGGCAAUGUGCCACGGCCGGCCAGAGUGGCAGCACCUGAGGGCCCUGCGGAGAUUUCUGCUUAGCCCCUGGCUGCAGAAUCUCUUCCCAGCCAGACCACCCCAGGCCUCUCCCUCUGGUUGAGAGCAUGCUCAUGCUGGAGUCUGAUCCACUGGGAGUCCCUCCUCGGUGCGGCCCUGCCUGCCUGCUCCACCCCGCUCUGCACACCUGACUUGCACUUAGCACCUUUCACCUGAGCCUAGCAGAGCACAGGCACCCGG